AUGCACGCAGUGACCGUGAUGUGGAAGGUGAUCUUCGCGUUCAUCCCGCCCACGGACUACUGCGACGGCUGGUUGUGCUUCGGCUGCGCGCUGAUCAUGAUCGGCUGCUGCACGGCGCUCAUCGGCGACAUGGCGGAGCUCUUCGGCUGCCUGAUGGACCUCCACGAUGCCGUCACCGCCGUCACCUUUGUGGCGCUUGGCACGUCGAUGCCCGACCUCUUCGCCUCCAAGACCGCGGCGAUAGCGGACCCCUACGCCGACGCGUCCAUCGGGAAUGUCACCGGCAGCAACUCGGUCAACGUCUUCCUCGGGCUCGGGCUGCCCUGGGUGAUCGGCUCCAUCUACUGGGCGGCCCAGGGCGUCGCGUCCGACGGGGGCCCGUCGGACGGAGGCAAGUUCGUGGUCCCCGAGGGCAAUCUUGGUUUCAGCCUCAUCGUCUACUCGAUCUUGGCGACCCUGUGCAUCGCUCUCCUGAUGAUCAGAAGAGUGCUCUUCGGAGGCGAGCUCGGAGGGCCACCCGUGCCGAAGUUCGCGUCGGCCGCCCUCAUGGUGUUCAUGUGGUUCUUCUACAUCGGGAUUUUCAGCUGGUACGUCAUGGAUAAUAAGAGCGACUGCGACUGA